AUGACAGAAAUUAAAAAAAGUUUUUUUCCACAACUGAAUGUUUUCAACAAAGAAAACUAUUCAAUUAACUCAAGAACAGAUAGUAGCAGCAAUGUUAGUACGUUUAAUUCAAAACAAGAAAAUGAACAAAACAUGAUCACUAGUUUGGACAAAGGAAAUAAGAAAAUAGGUUUAUUAUCAUGUAUAGGCUUAAUUUGUAAUCGUAUGGUUGGUUGUGGUAUUUUUGCCACGCCAUCAAGCGUGUAUACCAUGUCAGGAUCUAUUGGUUUGGCCUUAAUUAUAUGGGCAUGUGGCGCAAUUAUUGCACUAGCUGGCAUGUACGUGUACAUGGAAUUUGGUACUGCGAUUCCUCGUAACGGUGGUGAAAAAAAUUACCUGGAAUAUAUUUUCCAAAAACCCAAAUUUUUAGUCACCAGCUGCUAUGCCUCAUAUAUUUUUUUUUUAGGAUGGGCAGCUGGUAAUUCAGUCAACUGCGCAAUCAUGUUUUUAACUGCCGGGAAUGUAGAAAUAACUGAAUGGAACCAACGUGGUGUUGGUGUUGCGGUGAUUGGCUUUUGCUUUUUAGUAAAUGCCAUAAAUGUUAAAGCGGGUAUAUAUUUGCAAAACGUUUUGGGUAUUUUUAAAAUUGGUAUUGUUAUCUUUAUUUCAAUUACUGGUUGGGUUGCUUUAGGUGGUGGUUUACCAAAUCACUACAAAACAAACAAUUUCCAUAAUGCCUUUGAAGGUACAAAAAACACUACUGCUUAUGGCAUUGUAAAUGCCCUAUAUAACGUCAUAUGGUCCUUUAUUGGUUAUUCUAAUGUAAACUAUGCAUUGGGCGAAGUUAAAAAUCCUGUUCGUACGCUAAAAAUCGCAGGUCCAACCUCCUUGAUUUUCAUUGCUAUCAUAUACAUUUUCUGUAAUAUUGCUUAUUUUGCAGUUGUGCCAAAGGAAAAAUUGGUUUCAUCAAAGUUAAUUUUAGCUGCAGAUUUUUUUGACUUGGCGUUUGGUGGUCGUGCCAAACAAGCUGCUUCUGUUUUUGUUGGUUUAAGUGCAUUGGGUAAUGUUUUAUCUGUUAUUUUUGCACAAGGUAGAAUCAUUCAACAGUUAGGCCGUGAGGGUGUUUUACCAUUUUCAUCUUUUUUUGCAACUUCCAAACCUUUUAAUUCACCAACAAUUGGAUUGUUUCAGCAUUUUAUUGUUUGCUUAGUAACCAUUAUUGCACCUCCACCGGGCGACGCUUAUAAUUUUAUCUUGAAUUUGGUUUCUUAUCCAAUGAACAUCAUUAAUUUUUGUAUUAGUGGCGGAUUACUUUACAUUUAUAUCCAAAAAAAAAGAGGUAUUAUUGAAUGGAACCCUCCCAUCCGUGCUGGUUAUUUUAUUACUACAUUUUUCAUGUUGGCUAACUUGUAUUUGAUUAUUGCACCAUAUGUCCCACCAACUGCUGGCGACUCUAUUUACGAAAGUAUGCCCUAUUGGAUUCACUGUGUCGUUGCUUGGGGUGUUUUCGCAUUUGGUGGACUUUAUUGGGUAAUUUGGUACGUUGUUUUACCUAAAAUUGGUGGAUAUGAUUUAAUUGAUACCGAGGUGCUGGGUGAUGACGGAUUCUGGAGAAAGAAAAUUGUUAAAAAAUAUAAAAAUGAAGAAACAACUGAAGUAAAUAUUAACGAAACAAGCGUUGAAUAUGUGGAUCAAAAUGAAAAUGUCAAUAGUAAUUAUGAUAAUACAAUAAAAAAAGAUACUGACAAAAUCAUUAAUACCACUGAAAUUAUAAACUAA